AUGCACUACUCCAACCUGGCCGGGGCUUUCUUCGCCCUCCUUCUCCCCGUAACCACCCAAGCCGCCGCAGUGCCGUCGUAUGCGACUCGCAGCAUUGCAGGCGUGUCGGUCGUCGACACGCCGAUAGUGCGCGCGGCGCAGGCGUUCGCGCAGGCACACAGCGCCGACUUUGCCUACAAGCACAUCAUGCGGUCGUGGCUCUUCGGCGCCCUCAUCGUCAGGCAUAACACGACGCUACAGGGCGCCGUCGACCUCGAGCUGCAGGCCGUCGCCGCGCUGCUCCACGACCUCGGCUGGGACCGCUCGCCCGCCUCGCCGUUUGUCACCCCCGACCGCCGCUUCGAGGUCGACGGCGCCUUUGCCGCGCGCGACUUUGUUCUCGGGAACAAGGCCAGCAGCAAGGCGUGGGAUGAGCGCCGCGUGCAGCUGCUGUGGGACUCGAUCGCGCUGCACACGGAGCCGGCGAUUUCGUACUACAAGGAGCUGGUGGUGGCGACGGUCAGCAAGGGCAUCCAGAUGGACUUUGCAGGUCCCGCGUUCGGCGUCACGCAGGCCGAGUAUGCGGCGGUGCUGCGCCAAUUCCCCAACGCGGACCUCAAGAAGGGCGUCAACGAGACCAUCAUCUGGCUGUGCCAGACGAAGCCGGCUUCUACAUACAACAAUUGGCAGCAGGAGUGGGGGCAGUACGUGGGAGGCUACGAGGCCGAGGCCGAGAGCCACAAGCUGGUCAAUGUCUUACUCCAAGAUCUGCACUGA